CUCUCACGCUCCUCUCUUAUAUCUCUUCUUUAUUAUUACAACCAACACCACCACCACACUCUUCUCUCUCUCUGCAAUUUGUGCGAUUCGAAACCCUAACUCUGCUAUGAAGACCGCCAUUGAAAAGGUCUAUCGGAGCUCUCAAAUGCAGCCGAGUCCUUCACUUAUCUUUUCUGGGCAUUAAACCAAUCACAGAAAUGCAGGUCUGAUGAAAAGCAUUUCAGCUUAAAGCCAUGCAUAGCCAUUCUACAAGGCAUGCAAAUAUGAAUAAAGAAAAUAGAACAGCUGCUAAAUUUGAAGAGCCCACUGUUCGAAUUACAAGAGCACGGGCUAAGGCAUUAGCUACAUCGGGAGGAUUACCCCCAUCAAAGCCUUCAAUGAAACAAGAACAGAAGCUAAUCCUCCAACAAAGUUCAAAAAGAUCAGCAUCAGAUGAGAACAAUCCUUCCGUUAGCAUCACUGAUUGUCUCCAGCAUAAGAAAAGGGCAGUUCUAAAGGAUGUCACUAACAUUUUAUGUGAUAAUCCAUAUAUCAACUGCAUUAAUGCAGUCAAACUUCAGUCUAGCAAACAGGUUAAUAAAAGCAUUGGGAAGAAGAAUGCAAAGGUGGCACCAGUUGAUGUCCUAGAAAAUCCUCUGGUUCAAGAGGGUGCAGAUGCAAAAAUAACUGAAGAAAUAUCCAGAUUGAAGAUGGAGGAGUCACAACAAACUAACUCAACAAAGGGGCAAACUAAAUCAAUUAAUGCUAGAGAAUUUGGUGUAGCAGACAUGAUGCUUAUAAAGCAAAGUUCCAAUACACAUGCUCGACAGCGAAGUCCUUCAAAGAAAGAAGACAAGCAUUGUCAAAAACUGGACACCCCAAAAGAUUUGCAGAUUGCAGAUGUCGAUUCUAACCACAAGGAUCCUCAAAUGUGCAGCCUGUAUGCCCCUGAUAUUUAUAAUAAUUUACGUGUUAUGGAGCUUGAUCGAAGGCCUUCAGUCAAUUACAUGGAAAUGUUGCAGCAAGAUAUUAAUCCGAACAUGCGAGGAAUUCUGAUUGAUUGGCUUGUGGAGGUUUCUGAAGAAUAUAGGCUGGUCCCAGACACCCUUUACCUGACAGUCAAUCUCAUUGAUCGAUUUCUCUCUCAAAACCACAUUGAAAAACAAAAACUCCAAUUGCUUGGUGUUGCUUGCAUGUUAAUUGCCUCAAAAUAUGAAGAAAUUUGUGCACCCCGUGUAGAAGAACUUUGCUUUAUCACGGACAACACUUACAUGAGAGAAGAGGUAUUGAAAAUGGAGUGUCAAGUUUUGAACUUAUUGGGUUUUCAAUUAUCUGUUCCGACCACAAAAAAAUUCCUUAGGAGAUUCAUCCAAGCAUCACAAGUUUCUUACAAGGUUCCUUGUGUUGAAAUGGAAUUCUUGGCAAAUUAUUUAGCAGAAUUGACUCUUGUCGAGUAUAGGUUCCUCAGGUUCUUUCCAUCCUUAAUAGCUGCAUCGGCAGUAUUCCUAGCCAGAUGGAUACUCAGUCAGUCAGAUCACCCAUGGGUCUGCAUUAAUCUGACUCUAGAGCGCUAUACCGGUUACGUGACAUCAGAUUUGAAAGGCACAGUUCUUGCUUUGCAAGAGCUGCAACUAAACACUGAAGGAUGUUCACUUAAUGCUAUUCGUGAAAAGUAUAGGCAACAGAAGUUCAAGUCUGUGGCAACUCUAACUUCCCCAAAACGGGUUGAAUCAGUCUUCUUAAAGUUCAACAACAGCUGAUUCUUGUCCCAGAACUGCUCUUCACCUUCUGGUAUUUCGUUGGCACUCGUGAUGUCAGUCUUUGAAUCUGCAGUUUAACCUCUGAAUUUUCAUUUUUUUUUUCUUUUUCUUUUUGUAAGUUCUUGUGGUUGUUGUGUUGUAUCCAGUUUGGGUGCUCUACCGGACCGUAUCCUCAUAUGGUGGAAUUUGUAAAGUGGGAAUAAUUUGAGCAGUAAGUUCACAAUUACAUACAGUUACUGAGCAUGUUUUGUAAACAUUUGUAGUCUGUUGGGAGUAACUUAACAUCAAUCUAUAACUAUUUGAUGGGUUGCAAUCUUUUACGUAUCUGAAGAUGACAUGUAUGGAAAAUCUUGAUGAAAUUUUAUUUGCUAGAUUUCCUUUG